UCAGGCUGGGAAGGGAGCAGUGAAGGACUGGAUGAGACAACAGCCUCAGGGGGAAGGUGCACUCUCACUUCACUGGAGGGAGUUUAUUUUUAGCCUCUUCUCCCAACUCGUCCACUUUCCAGUUUUUUCCCUCUACUUUUUCUUUGGUGGGAGAUAGAGCCAAGGGGAGCGGGAUGGCCAGGUUUCUUUGGGCAGGGGUGCUGCUGUUGCCAGUCCUGGGACUCUUUGAGGCUUUGCCAUCCACCUGGCUGCCAGGGCAUUAUGCUAACACCACGGCUGAUGCGACAAGGUUUGCCAAAGACUACAACACCACAGCAGAGCAGGUGCUUUUCUACAGCGUCUCUGCCAGCUGGAACUACAACACCAACUUGACGGACCACAACUCUGAGCUCCAGGUAAAUGCAUCACUGGAAGAGCAAGCCUUCACUGAGGCCUGGGGCUUGAAGGCCAAGGAGGUGUUCCCUAAAGAGUUUCUGGACACACUCCCUGACCCCAAAGUCAAGAAGCUGAUUGAAAAGAUCAGUGUCCUGGGAGCUGCCAACCUGCCACCGAAGGAGAGAGAGGAGUAUAAUCAAAUUCUGAGCACCAUGGACAAAAUUUAUUCAACGUCCAAGGUGUGUCCAAAGCCAGGUGAAUGCUGGAGCCUGGAACCUGAGCUGACAGACAUCAUGGCCAACUCCAGGAGCUAUAAGAGGCUACUGUAUGCCUGGGAGGGCUGGCACAACUCAUCAGGUGUACCUCUUAGGGAGCACUACCCCAAAUUUGUGACACUUAGCAACAAAGCCUCUCAAGCUGAUGGCUUCAAAGACACUGGAGAUGACUGGCGGUCCUGGUAUGAGACUCCAACCUUUCAGGACGAUUUGGAGAAACUCUACCAGACCAUACAGCCCCUCUACCAGAAUCUGCAUGCCUUUGUCCGCCGCAAGCUCUACAACCAGUAUGGCCCCAAGUACAUCAAUCUCAAAGGACCGAUCCCUGCUCACCUGCUAGGAAACAUGUGGGCUCAGACCUGGAACAAUAUCUAUGGCAUGAUGAUCCCCUUCCCUGACAAACCCAAUGUGGAUGUGACUAAUGAAAUGGUCAAUCAAGGAUACAAUGCCACACACAUGUUUCGUGUUGCUGAGGAGUUCUUCGUCUCUCUGGGUUUGAUUCCGAUGCCUCCGGAGUUCUGGGAAAAAUCGAUGCUGGAGAAGCCUGAUGGUCGGGAGGUGGUGUGUCACGCGUCGGCCUGGGACUUCUACAACCGCAAGGACUUCAGGAUCAAGCAGUGCACCACAGUGACCAUGGAGCAGCUCUUCACUGUGCACCACGAGAUGGGACACGUGGAGUACUACUUGCAGUACAAGGACCAGCCUGUGGGCUUCCGGCGCGGAGCCAACCCCGGCUUCCACGAGGCUAUAGGCGAUGUUUUGUCUCUCUCCGUCUCCACACCCAAACAUCUGCACACCAUCGGCUUGCUGGAUUCUCUGACCAGUGACAAUGAGACAGACAUUAACUACCUGUUGAAGAUGGCUCUGGAGAAGAUAGCCUUCCUGCCCUUUGGCUACCUCAUCGACCAGUGGAGAUGGGGCGUGUUCAGUGGACGCACCCCUCCAGAGCGCUACAAUGCUGAAUGGUGGUAUCUCAGGACAAAAUACCAAGGCAUCUGCCCACCCACCAGGCGCACAGAGGAGCACUUUGAUCCAGGAGCAAAAUACCACAUUCCUGGAAACACGCCAUACAUCAGGUAUUUUGUCAGCUUCAUUUUGCAGUUCCAGUUCCAUGAGAAACUGUGCGAGGCAGCGAAUCACACCGGCCCCCUACACACGUGUGACAUCUACCGGUCGAAGGAAGCAGGAGCCAUCUUAGAGAGGGUUCUUAAAGCUGGCUCUUCCAAACCGUGGCCUGAUGUGCUCCAGGAGGCCUUGGGGACCAAUAAGAUGGAUGCUGGCGCACUGAUGAGAUACUUUGACCCCAUUAUUGAAUGGCUGAAAGAACAGAAUGUGAAUGAGACACUGGGCUGGCCUGAAUUCAACUGGGUCCCACCCAUUCCUGAGGGCUACCCUGAGGACAUUGAUAAGAAUACAGACGAGCUUCAAGCAAAGACGUUCCUUGAGGAGUACAACCGAACAGCGGAGGUGGUGUGGAACGCCUACACCGAGGCCUCUUGGGCGUACAACACUGACAUCAACGACGCCAACAAGCAGACAAUGCUUGAGAAGAACCUGGAGAUGUCUAAACACACCCUGGAGUACGGACAGAAAGCCCGCAAGUUCGACACCGCCGACUUCCAGGACGGCUCGGUGAAGCGCAUCAUCAAGAAACUGAGCGACAUUGAGAGGGCCGCGCUCUCGCCAACAGAACUGGAGGAGUACAACACUCUCCUGUCCAACAUGGAGACGAAGUACAGUGUUGCUGAAGUUUGCAGACCAAACAAGACUUGCCAUCCUCUGGAUCCAGAUCUCCAGAGGAUCAUGGCUGAGUCGAGAGAUUACGACGAGUUGCUGUUUGCCUGGAAGGGCUGGAGAGACGCUGCUGGCAAAGUCCUGCGCCAGGAUUACAAGAGAUAUGUUCAACUGGCCAACAAAGCUGCCACACUAAACGGUCAUAGUGACAAUGGUGCUUUCUGGCGCUCCCUGUAUGAAACCCCCACCUUUGAGCAGGACCUGGAGUCUCUGUGGAAAGAGCUGGAGCCCCUCUAUCAGAAUUUACAUGCCUAUGUUCGCAGAGCUCUCUACAAAAAGUAUGGUGAAAAGCACAUCAACCUGAAGGGACCCAUUCCUGCUCAUUUGCUAGGGAACAUGUGGGCACAGACAUGGUCUGGCAUCAUGGAUUUGGUCACGCCCUACCCAGAUGCUACGCAAGUUGAUGCCACACCAGCUAUGGUGGCAAAGGGCUGGAAUGCCACCAGGAUGUUCCAGGAAUCCGAUCAUUUCUUCACCUCUCUGGGUCUGCUGCCCAUGCCAAAAGAAUUCUGGGACAAGUCCAUGCUGGAGAAGCCUACUGAUGGACGCAAAGUAGUGUGUCAUGCCUCUGCAUGGGACUUCUACAACCGAAAAGACUUCAGGAUCAAGCAGUGCACAGUGGUGACCAUGGAUGAUCUGAUCACUGUGCACCACGAGAUGGGCCACGUCCAGUACUUCCUGCAGUACAAAGACCAGCCAGUGUCCUUCCGCGACGGAGCCAACCCUGGCUUCCAUGAAGCCAUCGGUGAUGUGCUGGCUCUGUCUGUGUCCACCCCAAAACAUCUGCAGAGCAUCGGCCUCCUGGACAAGGUGGAGAGCAACGAAAAGAGUGAUAUCAACUUCCUAAUGAGCAUGGCCCUGGACAAGAUUGCGUUCCUACCCUUCGGCUAUCUGAUGGACCAGUGGAGAUGGAAGGUAUUUGACGGGCGCAUCCCAGAGUCUGAGUACAACAAGGAGUGGUGGAACCUCAGAAUGAAGUAUCAGGGUCUGUGUCCACCUGUAACACGCACUGAGGAUGACUUUGACCCGGGUGCAAAGUUCCACAUCCCUGCUAACGUACCCUAUGUCAGGUACUUUGUCAGCUUCAUCAUCCAGUUUCAGUUCCACAAGGCGCUGUGCGAGGCUGCCAACCACAUCGGGCCCCUCCACACCUGUGAUAUUUACAAGUCUCAAGCAGCCGGGAAGCUGCUGGGGGAUGUGAUGAAGCUGGGCUUUAGUAAGCCCUGGCCAGAGGCGAUGGCCAUGAUCACCAAACAGCCCAAAAUGACCGCCCAGCCACUCAUGCAGUAUUUCCAACCUCUGAUUAAAUGGCUCGAAGAUGAGAACAACAAGAACAACGAUCUCCGUGGCUGGCCUGAGUACGACUGGCAACCUCCAACCGAUGGCACCAGCCCCACUAAAGAGGCUACAGUGGACUUCUUGGGUAUGAGUGUGGGCAGUGCGGCUGCGGUGGCGGGCCAGUGGGUGCUCUUGGUCCUCUCCCUGGUCUUCGUGAUCGCCACCAUCUACCUGACUUACAAAUACAGGAAGUCAAAAAAGCCUGAAAAGUCUUCAUCGACGAUGGAGCUCAAGUAAAAAGACCAGUCAUUAAUGACGGCUAAAAGGGCUGAAUGAAUGCCCUCCUUACUGUAGCUAGCACAGUACCAACCUCAAUGUGAAGUGAACAACAGCGUUUUUGUGCACUGCACAGUACAUCUGAUCAAAUUUGCUUUUCUUUUUGGUCUGCUUCCCUCCCUAGUCCUGUAUAUUUAUUGUAUACACUCGGAGUCAAAUUAUUUUGACUAUGCAAAAAGAACCUUACAGUUUUGUAAUUUAUUUGUAAUAUUUUGAAUGUU